AUGCCUAUCCCAAUUGUGGACUCUCACAUUCAUCUAUUCCCGGAAUCGCAUCUCCCAACUCUGGCAUGGCAUGGACCCAACAACCCACUUGGAUCGCAGCACUCUGUCGACGAAUAUCGUGCAGCAACAGCAAUAGUACCUACAUCUCCAGACGCAGCACAAUACACUUACCUGCGCGGCUUCAUUUUUCUCGAAACGGACCGAAUCUCAUCGGUCGAAGAAUCGGGCGCUGGCUGGUCGCACGCUCUGGAUGAAGUGUCUCUGCUGACUCGCAUUGCUUUGGGAAACCCAAUUGCAGGUGAGGGACAUAGAGAUGUCGAUAGACAUUUAUGCUUAGGAAUUGUUCCCUGGGCUCCCGUACCGGGGGGUCCCGCCGCACUUGAAAAGUAUCUUUCGUUCGUUAAGGAGAGGACCCAGACGGAGGAGGUCUGGAGGAAAGUACGCGGAGUGCGAUAUCUUGUUCAGGAUAAACCGUCCGGUGUCAUGCUCAGUCAGGGGUUCAUUGACGGCCUCAAGUAUCUCGGUAGCAGAGGGCUGACCUUCGACCUUGGCGUGGAUGCGCGGCAAGGCGGUCUUUGGCAACUGAGAGAAGCGGUCGAGAUGAUGAAGAGAAUCUAUGAUGGCGUGGAUGGAGGCGCUGCAUUGACACUGGUUAUUAACCAUCUCUGUAAACCGAACCUUCGUCUGCCCUAUUCUACUUCUGAGCCUAUAACUUCUCAUCCCGAAUUCCUUGAAUGGAAGUCUCUCGUCAGGGCCAUGGCCCAGUAUCCUACAACUUACAUGAAGCUCUCCGGUGGCUUUUCAGAGUUACCUCCGCUUGCAUCGACUCCCGAUCCAGACAUCGCGUCCUUAGUUGAUAGACUACAGCCAUGGACAGACGUUAUUCUCGAGGUUUUCGGUCCUGAGCGGGUCAUGUUUGGAUCGGACUGGCCUGUUUGCAAUAUAGAUGGAGGUGGAAAUACUGUCUCCUGGAGUCGCUGGAAGAGUGUUGUAGAGAAUAUUCUUGAGAGACGAGGAUUGACUGAGGAACAGAAGAAAGGGGUCUGGGGAGAGGUUGCAGCGAAAGCGUAUGGUAUCAAGAUCUGA